AUGGCCUCGUAUAAACAAAAGUUGAAUGUGUUGAGGGAACAACUAGAUAUCUUACAAACAAACCUGCAAACAAGUAACUUGGAUCAAAGUAUCAUAGAGCAGGAGAAGAAAAUCUUAAUAGAUAUUGAGAAGUGGAGUAAUAUUGAGGAGCUUGUAAUAAGACACAAAUCUAGGGCAACAUGGAUAGAUCAUGGGGACUCCAAUACCAAAUACUUUCAUGCUCAGUGGAAGAUUAGGACCAGCUACAAUACCAUCUCAUCCAUUUAUAAUGAAGCAGGAAACAAGCUGACAGAACCUAAUCUAAUUGAGAAUGAGUUUAUUUCUGUUUUCAAGGGGUUGAUGGGGACUAGAGCAUCUGCAUUGACAUGUCUAAAUACUAAGGUGGUUAGAGAUGGAGAAUGUCUUUCCAUAGCACAACAGAGAGACCUUAUUAAAGAGGUCACCACAACAGAAAUUUUGGAGGCUAUUAAAGAGAUGCCCAAAGAUAAAGCUCCAGGUGUUGAUGGAUAUCCAAUUGAAUUUUUCACCAAGAACUGGGAUGUGGUCCAAAAUGAUGUUAUUAUUGCUGUUAAGAACUUUUUUCAUACUGCAAUUUGUAUCAUUCUAUCAAUGUCACAGUUGUGA